CUGAGAGCAGAAAACAGUGUAACUGCAACUGAAAGUUCUGUUUUUAACUUUACAGAAGUGUAGUUUUGAUAUUGUGAUUACUUUGCCGUUCGCAAGAAUUUCAGAAUGGCUUAUUAUCUGACUUGUUACCGAUUUACCAGGCCAUUCUUAAAGAACUGCAUUCCAGCUUUGUCUGCUCUUCAUAGUGAUAAAUUUGUUAGUACUUCUUCACGGAAAGAGAGUGAAACAUUUUUUGAAAAAAAUGAAAGAUUGAAAAGACCCAUGUCUCCCCAUUUAACUAUUUACAAGCCGCAACUCACAUCCAUGCUCUCUAUUACUCACAGAGCCACAGGAAUAGUGUUAUCUGGAGCUUUAUACACUUUAUCCAUUGGGAUGCUUAUUCUGCCUGCAAAUUUCCCAUACUACAUCAAUUAUCUGCAAUCUCUUCAUCUACCCUCUGCGCUGAUUCUAUCGUUCAAAUUUGCUUUAGCAUGGAGCUUUAUGUAUCACACAGCAAACGGAAUCAGACAUUUAGCUUGGGAUAUGGGAUAUGGAUUUGAACUGAAGAAUCUCUACAUGUCUGGCUAUUUAGUAGUCGGUAGUUCAGUGAUUGCUUCUCUUUUAGCUGCUUCAAUGUAAAUUUUCUUCUGUUAGGAAACAAAGAGUGCGCUGUGUUUUAUAGUGCAUAAGUGGCACUCCUUUGUACUGUAUUGUGUAAUAAAAUUAGAGAUGAA